CUCCCGAUCCGUUCAUCUCUCUCCCCACAAAACCAAACCCUAACUGGAGAUCCCCUUUCGACGAAGAUUCAUCGAUUACCCGUUAAUUUCCUAUAUUUAGCUUCGGAUUUGACGGGCACCGUACUGGUUUUCCUGCAGUGAUCCGCUCCAGCGCUUCGAAUUCUGAUGAUCGAAGAGUUUGGGCUCUGAUCGGGAUCGAACAGGAGCUUGUGAAGAGCUUUUCGGGGUUGUCAAUGGCGGAUGCGCGGCGAUAUGCGUUGACUCCUCAAUUAGAUAUUGAGCAAAUACUUCUGGAGGCUCAGCAUCGGUGGCUACGCCCUGCUGAAAUUUGUGAGAUACUUCGAAAUUAUAGGAAGUUCCGGAUUGCGCCAGAGCCACCAAAUCGGCCUCCUAGUGGUUCACUUUUUCUGUUUGAUCGAAAAGUAUUGAGAUACUUCCGUAAAGAUGGGCACAACUGGAGGAAGAAAAAAGAUGGAAAGACUGUUAAAGAAGCUCAUGAGAGGCUAAAAGCAGGAAGUGUUGAUGUGCUGCAUUGCUAUUAUGCCCAUGGGGAGGAGAAUGAAAACUUUCAAAGACGGAGUUAUUGGAUGUUAGAAGAGGAGUUCAUGCACAUUGUUCUUGUACAUUAUCGUGAAGUUAAGGGUGGCAGACCAAAUUUUAGCCGCAGCAGAGAAGUUGAAGAAGUCGCGCAAGUUUCUCAUACCGAUAGCCCUGCAUGUUCUAACUCUUUCACCAGCCAGAGCCAUAUCCCAUCACAAACUACUGAUGCAGAAAGCCCAAACAGUGGGCAAACUUCAGAGUAUGAAGAUGCCGAAUCAGAUAAUUAUCCAACAAGCUCCAGAUACAACCCUAUCCCUGAGAUGCGGCAGUAUGAGGAUGGACGUGGACAUGUGAUGGAUGCUCCCCUGUUGAACCCUUACGUGUCAAUUCCUUCGGUAAAUAACCAAUCUCUUCCAGGCGAUUAUCAAGGAAUACAGCCAACAACACCACCUAUCUCGGAUUAUUAUUCAGUUGCUCAAGAGGAUACAACUACGGUUUUUGACGGAACAGGCGGUGGAUUAACAUUUAGUGGAUCAAAAACAACGCAGUUGGAAUUGGCGUCUUGGGAUGAGGUUCUUGCGCACUGUACCACCGGUUUCCAAACACCAUAUGUCCAACCUUCAGUUGGAUCUAGGCAGGCUACUGCGUUUGAAGACAAUUCUAGUCUUGAAACUAUAACAUUUGGGGAAGCAUACAACAAUGACCUACUUCCCAAGGAAGUUUAUGGUAUCGGUGCUGAAGGCAAAUUACUAUGGCAGCAUCCUAGUCCUGCAAGUGGUUCUCUUGGUAUUGACGGUGAAUAUGGCAGAUCUAUAGAGGAAAACAUUGGUCACUCUCCUCUAACAAAACAGGCAUCACUAGAUCUCUCUCACUUGGAAGCAGACGGCUUGAAGAAGUACGAUAGCUUUUCGAGGUGGAUGAGCAAAGAACUUGAAGAAGUAGAUGACUCGCAAUUAAGAUCCAACUCUGAGCCUUAUUGGAACACUGUAGACGAUGAAAGCGUUGUUGAAAGUUCUAACAUUUCCAAUCAUGAGCCCUUGGAUUCAUAUGCAGUGAGCCCCUCGCUUUCACAAGACCAGCUCUUCAGUAUUAUUGAUUUCUCGCCAAGUUGGGCAUUUGCUAGCUUGGAGACUAAGGUUCUAAUCACGGGUACGUUCCUGAAAAAUGAAGAUAUAGACAAAUGUAAAUGGUCUUGUAUGUUUGGUGAAGUCGAAGUGCCAGUUGAGGUUUUAGCAGACGGAACCCUCCGUUGCUAUGCCCCCCCACAUAAACCUGGAAGGGUCCCCUUUUACGUUACCUGCUCCAACAGGUUGGCUUGUAGCGAAGUGCGAGAGUUCGAGUUCCGCUCAACUGAUGCCCAUUAUAUGGAGACGUCAGAUUCCUCUAUCAGUAGCAUAAAUGACAUGCAUCUCCAUAUUCGCCUUGAAAAACUGUUGACUUUGGGACCAGUUGACCAGCAAAAGGGUGUGUCAAAUGUUACAAAGGAGAAAAUUGAUUUGAACAAUAAGGUUAGUGCUUUGAUGAUGGACGAUGAUGAAUGGUCAAGCCUCCUGAAGGUAACCGACGAGAAAGAGGUCUCUAUUGAACAAGCGAAAGAUCAAUUGGCUGAGAAGUUAAUAAAGGAGAAGUUGCACUCUUGGCUUAUUAUGAAGAUAUAUGAAGAAGAAGGUAAAGGCCCAAACAUAUUAGGGAAGGAAGGACAGGGUGUGAUUCAUUUAACGGCCGCACUUGGCUACGACUGGGCAAUAAGACCAAUAAUUGUUGCUGGUGUCAAUGUAAAUUACAGAGACGUCCAUGGAUGGACUGCACUUCACUGGGCAGCAUUCUGCGGAAGGGAGCGUACCGUCGUAGCCCUUAUAGCAAUGGGAGCGGCCCCUGGAGCAUUGACAGAUCCUACCCCUGAAUUUCCCGCUGGACGAACGCCUGCUGACUUGGCAUCCGCAAAUGGACACAAAGGCAUUGCAGGCUUUCUCGCAGAGUCUUCUCUAACAAGCCAUCUCAAUGCCCUCACCUUGAAGGACUCAAAAGGCAGUGACGUGGCAGAAAUUUGUGGCCUGCCGAGUCUCGAAGAUGUUCCUGGAAAAGUUCCUUGUCAGCUUUCCGAAGGAGACGAUGGUCAGGGUGGAUCACUUAAGGACUCAUUAAGUGCUGUUCGAAAUGCGUCUCAAGCUGCAGCUCGGAUCUACCAGGUUUUCAGAGUUCAAUCGUUCCACAGAAAGAAGCUAGUUGAAUAUGGAGAUGAAAAGUGUGGGGUAUCAGAUGAACGAGCUCUUUCGCUCAUUUCUGUUAAGAGUGCAAAGCCAGGUCAGCAUGACAUGCCAUUGCAAAGUGCUGCAAUUCGUAUACAGAACAAAUUUCGAGGGUGGAAAGGGAGAAAGGAGUUUCUACUUAUUCGCCAGAGGAUUGUUAAGAUCCAGGCACAUGUACGGGGUCACCAAGUGAGGAAGCAAUAUCGCAAGAUUGUUUGGUCAGUGGGAAUAGUGGAGAAAGCUAUACUCCGGUGGAGGCGGAAAGGAUGUGGAUUACGUGGAUUCCGGCCUGAGGGCUUAAUCGAAGGCCCUAGCAUGCAAAUCCAAGCAGCUAAAACAGAUGAUUAUGACUUCCUGCAGGAAGGCAGAAGGCAGAGCGAAGCCAGGCUACAGACAGCGCUCGCCAGGGUGAAGUCCAUGGUUCAGUAUCCUGAAGCGAGAGAUCAGUACCGAAGGCUUUUAACUGUUGUUACAGAGCUCCAGGAAUCAAAGGCCGCGCAGGACAAAUUACUGAGCGACAUAGAGGGGGCUGCUGAUGGUGAUUUCAUGGUCGAAUUAGAACAGCUUUGGCAAGACGACACACCGAUGCCCAGUAUUUGAUUGAGAAGAGUUUGAGAUUCCUGGGAGGUUUUUUCCACCGUAGUUGUUUAUGUAAAUUAUUCUCACUUUGUUCGUUGGCUGUUGCGUAGCUUACCUUAAUAUGUUGUUUAUACUCGGUGCUAAUACAGUGACUGUUCUGUUAACUGCGCUAAAUUAGCAAAUUCUAGGUGUAAACUUGUGGAUUAGUUGAUGGUGCUAUUUUUGUACAACGCCAUUUUAGGUGAUGAGCUUUUUCCGACUUGAUUUUGAAAA